CAUCGUAACGUAUUUGCGUUGCGAAAAAAGUAUUUUUGCUGGUUUCUUCGUAAAAAUAGUGUAGAGAAAAUAAGUGAAAGUGUAGUUUGGUGUUAUUUUGUAAUUUUAACGGAUUGGAUCGUAAUAAUCGCAUAUAAACGAAUCAUCGUGUUGCGGUUGUGUUGUGGAGUUAUGUCUUCAUCGGGGAGUUCUGAGCAUGACUCAGAUAAUGAAGAUCAGGAAUCUGGUCUCGAUUCCAGUGAUUUUGAGCAUCCAUCUACUAGCAAAAAAAAUUCUUCGCAGACAAAAUCUAACGUUUCACUUAGUGUCGGAGCUAAGUUUGAUUCCAUAACUCAAAUCGAAGAAUCAAUUUUAGCGUUUGGGAAAGAAAAAUUCUGUUUUUUUUACAAACGUGAUUGCGAGACCAUCGAGAAGUGCAGGAAACGGGGUAUUACGAGAUGGCUUAACGCUGAUUUAAAAUAUUAUUAUCUAAAAUAUUCGUGUAUUCAUGGUGGAAAAAAAUUCAAGUCAGUAGCGACAGGCAUCCGGUUAUCAUCGACAUUUCAAAAAAAAUGUGAGGCUAUGUUUUCAUUUACCUGCAGCAGUGAUGGGAAAUAUCUGCAGCUGACGAAACUGAUCGAAACUCAUAAUCAUAUUUGUUCAGAGAAACUGUACAAUUUUUUGCCGCAAGUUCGAGCUAUGACAACGCACGAAAAGUUUCAAGUGAAAGAAUUGUUAAAUCUUGGCGCAAAUAAAAAAAUUGUUAAACAAAAAUUGGCCAAGGAUUUUGGUAAACAAAUUUUGCUGAAAGAUUUGUCGAACGUUAUGUUACGACAAGAAGGUCAAAAUAAUUUAAAAAACGUACUUGAAAAACUUCAGAAAGAUUUCGGAGCCGAGUGUCGUGUUUUUGAAGAAGGUGGAGAGAUGAAAGGUUUGUUUUUCGUAACACCGGAAAUGAAGCGAUCAAUGGCAGCGUAUUUCGAAUUUCUUGGUAUCGAUGCGACGUUCAAGUUGCUCGAUAUACGUGCGCCUGUCUACCUUAUGAUUGUUGAGGAUUCGGAAGGGAGCACCGAAAUCGUUGCCGUACGCAUUCUCAUUAACGAAGAUGCAGAGAGUAUGAGGUGGCUUCUCCAAACAUUUAAAACAAUUCAUCCGUCUUGGUCAAGUACAAAAUGUAUAAUGGCGGACAAGGACUUGCUCGAAAGAAGAAUUAUUAAAGAAGAAUUCGAAUCGGCGAGAGUUUUGAUCUGUGUCUUCCAUACUCUGAGGACAUUUAAUAGGGAAGUGAGUUGCGACAAGCUAUCUAUCACACCAGAGCAACGAGAUAUGGCAAAAGAAUUGUUUCAAAAAAUGGUUUACUCUUCGACUGAAACUGAGUAUAUGCGAUAUUACGAAAAAAUUAAGGAGUUGCCAGCGGCAAUUGUCAACUAUUUUGACAAAAAUUGGCAUGAAAUUCGUAGUGAAUGGAUCUUGAGUGUCGAUUUCAUGCAGUCUACAUUUUUGAACACAACGAAUAACCGAAUUGAAUCGUUGAAUGCGAAGGUGAAGAGUGUUGUCAAGUUAUACAGCACGUUGGAGGAAUUUAUUGAAAGCUUUUUCGUCCUUGUUGGUUGCUUGCAUUCUGAACGUGAUUUCAAGGCUGCUUUUAAUUAUCAAAAAACCUGUAUUAUACCAUAUCAAGAAGAUUCUGCAGAAUGGCUUUAUUGCUAUCACCUUACGCGACUUGCAUUCAAAUUCGUGAACAAGGAACUGUCAAGUUUUAGACGAGGAAAGUUUAUCUUCACAAAAUUAGACGAUGAGCACUUCGAAUUUCGGUUGGACGAGUCAAUGGUUGUUGCGUCGGAAAAGUCAUGCGAGUGUCCUGCGUUUUCAUCGAUGAUGUUGCCGUGCCGGUUUAUAUUAAUCAAUCAUCGAUCUAUCUGUUAUCUUUGUUCAUUAUGGAAAUUGUUAUUUAUGUUUUUGUAUUUUUUUUCUAGCCAUAUUUUUAUUGUCAAAGAACAAUUAGGCUGCGACCUUUACGAUCCUAGCAUCUGCAAUCGUCGAUGGACUCGAGAGUAUUAUUGCGACACGCAACGAGUGUUCAGCAAUGAGAGGAAUGAAGAUACAGAGAAUCCUGAACCAAUAGUUUGCUCGAAACCGCCAAGACGCUAUGUUUCAACAGAAAAUGGACGAUUCCGGAUUAUUCGCGAUAUUACUAAUGCUUUGAAUACUCUGGGUAGCGAGGUGACUGGUGAAGUCUUUUUGAGGCGAGUGAAGAUGUUAAAUGACAUCCGGGAAGCUUGGGUUGAAAAUCGCGAAGUGCGAAUUUUACCAGUGGCGACAGAAGUACUUCCAAACGUUAGAACGAGCACUCCAAUAUCGUCGCAUAACCGAGCUGAAUUGAAUUUUGAUGAAGUUUUUACUGCAGCUUCGGAAGAAUUAUCUUUUGAUGAAAUCGAUGAAAAUCAGAACUUGAUCGAGAUGAGUGGACAGGAAGGUGGGGAAAAAAACGUAGAAACUGAUACGAUAAAAGCGAAUGAGUCGUUGACGAAGGUCAUGGAUCCCAAUGAUAUACCAUCUGUUGGGCAAGUUUGUACGACUUCUUCGGUUUUAAAUCUGAAUAUACAAGAUAUAAAGGUUCCUUGUGCUGUGAAGCGUAGGGGACGUCCAAAAGGAUCUUUGAAAACAGUGAUUGGGUUGUCUAAAAAACGUCGGAUCCCGAUGCGAACUCGUAAACUCCCGUUCCUUCAACUCAGUCUUAGCGAAAGAGCUCUCGUUAUAUUGAAAUGGUUGGUGGAUGAGAAGAUCGCAUUUUCUGCCGUUCAUAACGGUAUAAAUAUCCCAGAAGAAUCGGUCGAGACCAGGCCUAACGAAGUUUCGGAUUCAAUCAUCGACGAAGAUGUAAAUAUUGAGUCGGUACGACGAUAUUUUUCUGUUGAAGCAUGGAAAAUUGUUGAAGAGUUUGUGAAACAAAAAAAAGAUAGUAAUGUUUUUGUAUGCGCUAUGUGUGACGUUGAUUUAGAUACAACUGUCGAUGACGAAUCUCAUCCAUUAAAUCAAAAGUUUUCCAUACGAUGUGAUUACUGUAUGUCGUGGUACCAUUUGUCAUGCGUCGCAUUGAAGAAACUUCCCAAAACAAAGUUUUGGCAAUGUAAAAAAUGUUAAAGUUUGUUUCACAUGGUUGCAUAAAGAAAAAUUCAGUUCCUAUUAUUAAGUUUAAGUGGAUAUCAAUUUGAUACUUUAAGUUUCAAUUGUUAGAAUUAAGCAUUGUUCUUUGUUGAAAAAAUACACUCAAACUGAUGAGGUUUAAUAAAGUUUCAGUUUAUAUUUUUGUAAA